AUGGCAACUCUUGAUGAAGAUUCGAGGUGGAAGGGACAUCAUUUGUACGGAGACGAUUAUUUUGAUCCAAAGAAUGAUCCUCCAUUGUUGGUAAUUCAUGUAACGGAGCCUUUGAAAGAAGAAUUUGAUUAUGAUAUUGUGGAAGAGAGAAGAUUAUCUUUUGAAAUUAUUCUCAGAGAAAUGGCAGAUCAUCACCAAAUUGUGAUUGCUCCAUUAUUUAGAAGAUUUGUUGAAGUUCCUUUGAAUGUGAAUGUUUUCCCUUCGGAUUUUAAUAUUAAUUCAUAUACAGCAAGAAGAAAAUCUACAGUCACACCAAGAGAUCAACCAAAACAUCAAAGUAUUAGUAAGAAAGCUCCACCUCCACCACCUCCUUCAUCACAAUCAUCUGUAAAUCAGCUCGACAGUGAACAACAGGUCACUGUUAUUAUUCCUCCACCACCCCAACAACAAACUGUCAAGACAGCUAGUCCACAACCUCCUGUUGAAGCUGUUAGUCCAGUUUCCCCUCAGCAACCACAAACAUCUAUUCCUGUUCGUACACAACAGGAACAACCAUCACCUGUUAGUCCAGUGAAAAGAAAUUCACAAUCACAAUUAGAACAGCAACCAGUUCCUGAAGUUGUUGACCCAAACACACCAGUAAUUAUUCUUUCACCAACAACAGCACAACAAUCACAACAACAAUUUUCACAACAGCAACAACAAGCACAACCAACAGUACCUCAUCAACAACAACCAGUAGAUGUCUCUACAUUCAUAGAGGAGAUGAGAAUGCAACAUCAAAAUAGACAAUCUUUAAAAUCCAAUCCAACAUCACCUGUUGUACAAGUAUCUGAACCAGUAAAAGAAUUGGAUGAAGAUGUUAUUGAGGUUAGACAAGUUCCUUUACCUCCAAAAAGAAAGAGUCAGGAACGAACAUCAUCACCACAAUAUGAAAAUUCCAAGACUGAUGCAAGAAGAUUUACUGAGGAGGAAUCAACAGAUUAUAGUACUAAUUUCAGACCUAUGGUGGAGGAAGAUGAAGCUGUGGAUCAAACUGAAGGAGAUAAUAAUUUUAAUAUGGCAAUGCUUAACCUGGGAGCACAACCAAUCAGAGUACAAGCAAGAAUGUCUACUGGUGCACUUCAUACACCAUAUCAUCAAAUUAAGAGAGAUUCAAUUACUUCAAAGUUAGCUGAUAUUGAUCCUGAGCAACAAGUUCAGGAAAUUUUGAGACAAAUCAAAGGAGAAUCUAAUGUAGAGUAA